AUGAUCGAAGAUACAGGUGCUUAUGUAGAGUUAUUAGGGGAUUUGGACUGUACACAGCCACUCUGUGGAUCACUCUACGACACAGAUAGGCCACAGCGAAAGCAAGGCGAGGAUUGUGCCUGUGAUCCUGGAUGGGGAGGCAUCAAUUGCAACGUGUGCCAAGAAGACAAAUCAUGUCAGCCGUUUAAAGGAACAAACGCAACUUGCAUCAAAUCAGCUAUUGGACUAAAAUCACUGCAUGCUUGGUGUGCUACCACUAAUAUACCCUGGAUUGAUAACACACAUGUGUCGCUAUCAUGUGAGUGGGAAAAAAGCGAGUGUGUAUUUCAGUUUUGGAAGGAUAGUGAGGAACAGUUUUAUUGUGAAUUAAGCGAGUGCGCUCAAGCCACUUCUGGAGAAAAUGAUGUUCAAGGCCAUUGUGCGAAAGCAAAUUGUGGUUGCAUGAAGGAUGCCUUUAUGUGCGGCAAAGAAGUGGACAUGUCAGAGUUGGUCAAGAAUGUAAAAGGGCCUUCCGAAUGGUUCUGCAAAAACGGGAAAGAUUGUUGGUACAACGAGUAUUCCACUUUAGUCAGUGUAUUUCCAGACAAUAUUCAACUGGCCUGCGAUGCUGGUGAAUGCGCGAAUGAACAAGAUUUCCUGGAUGCAGUUCCUAUUGAUCAAGAGUUUUCCAGUUACACAGAAAUGAUGAUUAUUGGAGCGAUUUUCGUUGCCUGCGUCUUGUUGUUUGCCAUCACCAAAUUCACUGCGUCUCGCCAAAAGAAGAUGUUUGGUACACGGAUUGAGCUUGAAGAUGACGACGAUGAUGAAAGCAUGUUCAACCAUUUCACAUCAACUGAAGUCGCUUUGACAUUUGCAGAUAUCAGUUAUACCGUCGCCGGAAAACCCAUUUUAUCAGAUAUCAAUGGCUACAUGGAACCUGGCCAGUUAGCAGCAGUGAUGGGACCCUCUGGUGCUGGCAAGUCUAGCCUGCUAGAUAUCCUAUCAAGGAAGCACAAGCGAGGUGUUAUCAGUGGAAAGAUCUUGAUCAAUGGCGUCUCGCCCACACGAAGACAAUUCAAGCGCAUGACUGGAUUUGUGGAUCAAGACGACAGUCUGAUGGGAACGCUCACCGUGAGAGAAACACUAACAUAUGCUGCAUUGAUGCGUCUACCCCGCAAGAUCCCGCUCAAGGUCAAACAGAAGCGAGUGGAGGAUGUCAUUCAGGAGCUGGGUAUCUCCAAAAUUGCAGACAGUAAAAUUGGAAUGCCUGGACAACGAGGUAUCAGUGGAGGCGAGAAAAGAAGAGUGAGUAUCGGUAAAGAGUUGGUAACAAGCCCCAGCUUAUUGUUCCUGGAUGAACCAACAAGCGGCUUGGACGCUUAUAAUGCGGGUGUUGUUAUGGAGUGUCUACAACGAUUGGCCCAUAAAGGCAAGAGAACCAUCAUUGUUACUAUUCAUCAGCCAAGAUCAGAUAUAUUCAAAAUGUUUGAUUCCCUCAUGCUCCUUGCUAGUGGACGCUUAGUUUACUUUGGACCAGCAAGGACGUGCUCCAAUUACUUUAAAAACCUUGGCUUUAAAAUUCCUGCAGACUACAAUGUUGCUGACUAUUUGAUUGAUCUUACGAUGAAGAGACCGGAUGAUGCUGUUACUAGACCAACCACGCCCAUGCCUUCCAGUCGUAGUCAGAUCGAUGUAGAGACCGAACCUUUAGAAGAAAUACACGCACCAUACGCCCUUGGCAACAGCCAGCAAUCACAAGAUGAAGCUGGCGAAGUGAAUCUACUGGGAGACUCAAACCAUGCGCACUUUUUACUCGACUCUUUCUAUUCUUCUGAUUUGUAUCAAGUAAUUGAGAAUCGCAUAUGCAGAGCAACGGCUAAUGCAAGCGACUAUUCGGUGUGGGUGGAUACGCCUGGUCAAAAGGAAUCUGCAUUCUCAAUCUAUCAAUUUUAUCAUGAGCUGACACUAUUAUCAUCGCGCACAUUCAUCAAUCUGUAUCGAAAUCCGUUCCUCUUUUUUGCUCAUUUUGCAUUCUCAAUAGUUCUGGCCAUCUUGUUGGGUAGCUUGUUUUGGCAAGUUGAUGUUGACUUAUCCGGUGUUCAGAACCGACUUGGCGUCUUGUUCUUUAUGUGUGCUUUAUUAGGUUUUGCAGCAACAAGUGCUUUGGAUAUGUUUAACAAAGAACGAAUCUUGUUUAUGCGCGAACGGGAGAAUGGCUAUUACAGUCCUAGCGCAUACUUUGUAGCCAAAGUCUUGUUCGACAUUGUGCCUCUGCGUGUGCUGCCACCUUUGGUAAUGGGAUCCAUCAGUUAUUACAUGAUUGGGCUUAAUUCAGCAUUACCUAUUUUCGGUAAAUUUCUGCUAGUUUUGGUAUUGUUUAAUUUAGCUGCUGCUGGGCUGUGUCUUUGCUUUGCCACCGCAUUUAAAAACUUGUCUGCUGCCAAUUUGCUGGCUAACUUGGUGAUAUUGUUCUCUAUGCUGUUUGGUGGGUUUUUGUUGAACAAAGAUCACAUACCACCCAUGUUGAGUUGGCUCCAGCAUUUGAGCUUCUUCAACUAUGGCUACGAAGCAUUGAUUGUUAAUGAGCUUAAGGACAUUACAUUGCGUGACAAGUCCAUUGCCGACAUUCAAAUCCCUGGGCCAAUAAUUCUUGCUCGAUUCGGGUUCAAUGGGCAAGCCUUCUGGUCUGAUGUAUCAAAACUGAUUAUAUUUGUCUUUGCCACAUUAUUCACCUCGUUUCUCUUCCUCAAGUAUCUCGUUAAGGAAAGACGCUAA